AUGCAAACGGACGCUAGACGGACCCAGCGACAAGAUACUUUUGAUUUGCGAGAGCAAAUCCACCCCGACGAUGGACAGCACCUCCAGGCUCAUGCGGACGCCACCAUGACUUACGGGGCAGACGAGGAGGAACAUUCGAUCCUUGAAGAUGACUCGGAGGCGGAGGAAGCAGAGGAGAUCUACGAGGACGACGACAUGUCAUCUACGCUGUCGAUUCCAAAUGAAUCCAUCGACUUCGACAUGGUGUACGCACUGCACAGUUUUGCCGCCACGGUGGAAGGACAGGCGAACGUGGUUAAGGGCGACAGCUUGUUCUUGAUGGACGACAGCAACAGCUACUGGUGGCUUGUCCGUGUCCUGAAGACACAAGAAGUCGGCUAUAUUCCUGCUGAAAACAUCGAAACGCCUUUCGAGCGCCUAGCGCGUCUAAACAAGCACAGGAAUGUCGAUCUUGCUGCACCUACUCAAACCGAACAGCAAGAAGGUUUGGCUCCUCGCGUCAAUCCCAUUCGUCAGACGCCAUCUCCGGGCCGCACGACUAGUCGCUCUAAUCAAAGGAAGAGCAUCCAUUUCAACUCAGUACGCUCCCACCACCGUUAUGUUCCGGCCCUUCGCGAAGGAGAGGUUGAGGAUGAAGACGACGAAUGGGACGUUGAGGGCUUCGAGGACGAGGAUAUAGAAUUGGCCAACGAACAGUACAUGCAGAGCAUGGACGAAGAUGACAUUGCCGCCAUGGAUGCCGACGACGGGAUGAUGUGGGAUGAUUCGGUUGAAGGGAGACAGAUGCAAGGCGUUCCAAUUCCCGACGCCCUUUUGCCAGGCUCUCUUCGCGAACAACAGCAGCAGCAGAUGCUCCGAGCGGCACAGCAGCAACAGGUUCAACAACAACAGCAAGAACUGCAGCUUCAAGCUCAACAGCAGCAGCAGCAGCAAAUAAUCGCACAGCAACAGGCAGCUGCUCAGCAACAAGCCGCUCAACAAGCGCAGCCGCAGCAGGAGGCAGCCGCUACGCCGGACCUGGGAGAGAAGUCCGCUCAGGACGCACCCGUGCAGAUACAGCGUCGAAUCGACCCCGCCGAAGUGACCGAAACCCGCAAAAUGACCGUCACGCCUACUAUUGCCCGCGAAUAUGAUGAUCGGCCAGCCGGUCAGCCUUACCUUCCGAGUGCCAUUGUGGACGACGAGAAGUCAAAGAGGGCCCGCGAAGAUGACUCCUCAGACGAUUCGGCUAAAAAGAAAGCGAAAGGCAAGGACAAGAUGCCGGCGCCAGUUAGCUCCGCCACCUAUAACAAGCCUCAGCCAGCGAAGCUCCGUAAGGAUCCAGGAAGAGGUAAUGGGAGUGAUACCACUGAUGACGAGGGCAAGGACAAGAAGAAGAAAAGUUCGGUAUUUGGUGGCCUGUUUGGACGAGGCAAGAAGGAGAAGAGCAAAGAUAAAACCACUUCCGCCGGUUCUGUGGAGACUAGCGAAUACGGGAGCCGUGGGUCAGAAGAUUCAAGCCGAUCAGGUCACCGGCCAUCGCCCUCAGAUGGCGCUGUCUCGCCUACCACAUCCGCUGCCCAGCAACAGCAGCAGGCGAUUAGUGUUAUAAAUCGUGCUGUAUCUGAGGACCAGCCGCCUCCUUCCACACCUGAACGCUCCAAUACGCCUCAAGUCUCCCAGCACGCCUCCCAGCUUCGCCAGCGCGACCAGCAACAGCAAGCUUUGUACCAGCAGUAUCUUAAUCGCUCUCCCUCAUCUCCCCCUGAGGCGCAGCCUUCAUAUGGAUUGCAGUCCGCUUCCGCUGUCAAUCUCAGCUCUCCUAGUAACUCAGCACUGGGUCCACCUAGCUCGCGCCCUCGUCCAGGAUCGUUGAUUCUUACUAGCCCAUCGUCGAAUGAUGGCCAAGCCAACUUGAGUGUCAUCCGUGUCUUUGCUGGCAAGCACUUACAGACUGAGGCCACUUUCAAGACCGUUCUGUUGAAUUCCUCCACAACGGCGUCUGAUCUUGUCCGGCAAGCCAUUCAGCGCUUCAGGCUUCCUUCCGCAGAGGAUGAGAAUGAUUACUUCCUCACUGUCAAGCAGGUCGAAGGGGGUGCAUUCACUGUUCUUCAGCCAGGCGAACAUCCGCUGGUGGUGUUUGAGGCGCUCGUCAACGAAGCCCUGGAGCUCCCUAAGGUCAAGAGGAGUAGCGUGGGCAGCAUCAGCUCCAUCUCGAGCAACCUUUCGAUGCACCCUGCCAUUAAGAAGCUCCCGAUGAACGACUUCUCAGACGAUUCGGCUGUCAAGUUUUAUUUGAACAGGAAAGGCGAGGACAGCAUCGACGAGAGCCUGAAUGGACAUGAUGCUGAUACGACACUCACUGCGGACACGUCCAUUAGCGCGAGCGAGUCGUCUGGCGAGCUUCAGACGAGCAGGUCUAACCAAUAUCUUAGUGUGGUUACGGCAGGAGCCAACGUUACACCGGAAAGGUUCACAUCACCCUCGAUUCGGUUCGCGUUGCAGGUGGUGAUAUAUGCGGACGAUCUUCCGGACGACAUGCAGUUCCAUCCGUCCACUGAAGCUAUCGUGGCCAAGAGCUCACUUUCAGACCCAUAUGCGCCGAUACUCAUCUCGCCGAAUUUGCGGCGGAAGAUCUUCAUGUUCCCCAAGAACGUUACUGUUGCAGAGGUCACCGAAAUCAGCCUGGAAAGAUUCGGUAUCCAGGAUGGGGUUGUGGAUGGGGGUGACGAGGUUGAGGAUAAGACCACCAAGCGGAGGAGUGGUGUGAGGGUUAGAUACGGGUUGAUGUCUAGCAUGGAUGGUCAUGAAAAAGAAUUGUCACCUUCAAGCAAGGUUAUUGAUGCCUACCCUCGCCCUCCUCAAUACAGAACUCCGGAUCGCCAGACAAAUGGUAACAAACGGCGUUCUCUAGAUCCUUCCCAACUUUACGGUGCUAUAGACGACGUCCGCCCAGACGAUCCUGUCUUUGUCCUCCGUCGAGCCACUUCUUAUCGAAAUUCGACUUCUCGCCGUCGCUUCUCCGCUCCAUUGGAUGAGAUCGCGCUGCAGCAUAUGCACCGCGAGUCUUCUUCUAGUUUCAAUUCCGAAACACCGUUGGAAGAGAAUAAAGUCAAGCAACCUUCAAGGCAAGAGAUCAUCGCUGCACAACGGGCUGCAACACGUGCAACUCAACGUGCGAUGGUCUCUGCUCAGGCGAAUUCUGUACGCGGAAUGGACGUCCGUCUUCCUGAUAACGCUCUGCUUCGCAGCUCGCGGUACGAAUCCGGCGACAGGAUGCGCUAUUCGUAUGUUGAACCGGACGGCGAGACGUACGACAUCAGCGACAUCAUCGAGGAGGAGUGGCGAGGCAUGAACACAAACAAAACUGACAUCCUCAGAGGCGUUUUUAUCCAAAACAAAGACGGCAUUGACGAAAAACUCGAUCGUGUCCUUAAUAAGAUCAGAAAAGGUAAAGGAAAGGAGAGGGACUACGCCUCGAUGUCCAGCAGGGAUAGUCGCCAGCUAUCCACCCACUCUGCAUCUGCGUCAGAAUAUUCUGGUGACGAAGCGGAGGGUCGAUCAGGGUCGGUUACGCCUGGCUCUGCUGCUCUGAACUCGAAGAUGGCGGAUGCUCGCGCUACGCCGAUCAAUGCCACACCGCAGGAGAGGAGUUCGCGUCCGGGCACGACUACACCUACAGCAGCUAUGAGGGCCAGCCCCCAGCCCACUGCUGGCAGUCGUCGCAAUCCUUCCAUCGCAUCCAUUAUGUCUGAUUACUCGGACCGUGGCGGAACCCCUCCGGCCCAAUCACAGGCGACGAAUCUUUCUCGUGUUGAGGAAGAAGGGGCUCGCGAAGCAGCCAAGAAUGCCAAACCCCAGUUCGUCCUACCUAAGGAUAAUUUCGGCUUUGAUCAAAUGCUAGCGGUCAUUGAAUACAAGGCACUCGCCAGCGAGCCCAAGAAGAAACCCACUCGACCCUUGGAUCCUGUUGAUGAGCUGUUGUUCGGGGCACCAAUUGACUUGGACUCCUUACAUCCUUCAAUUAGGGAGAUCUAUGCUCCAGGAUUCAGGCAACUCGAGGAGAUGGACAAGAUUCUUGAUGGGUACAUUGGACGAUCCGUUGUCGGUGCCUUCUAA